AUUGUAAAUCAUAAAGGAAAAUAUACCAAUUCCCUGUUCCCUAGAGUGUACUCUAGUUGGAGAAGAUGACCUUCUCCUUGUUGUUAGCUCUAACUGUUACUUUCAGUAUUGUUGCUGCUGAUAUUGGUGCAUAUAUUGAAGGGCAGAAGCAACUGCCAGUCUUUACUGAUAGCUGGGCUGUUGAGGUUCAUGGUGGAAUUGAAGCUGCUAAUGAGAUUGCAGAGAGACAUGGUUUCACUAACAUGGGAAGAGUUGGUGCCUUUGCUAAUAUUUAUCAUUUCAAAAUGAGCUCCUCUAUCCACAGUGUUAAUGAAAACGUUAAAUCUGGUACUGAAGUCCAAUACAUGAGAACUGCCCUCAAGUCUGAGAUGAAGGUAGGGUAUGUCCAGCAGCAGAGUUUACAUGAGUGGGAGAAGAAGUAUACUCAACCAACAAGUCAGGGAGAUCCACUGUGGGAUAUACAAUGGACAGUUAACAAUACUGGUCAAACCAGGGAGCCAAACCUUUACCUUGAUCUGAAUGCAGAGCCAGCAUGGAUACAAGGAUAUACUGGAAAUGGAAUAUUAGUUGGUGUCGUGGAUGAUGGCAAGUUGAUUAUCACUCUCAUAAUCACAUUAAUCAUUUUUGUGUAGGAGUACAACAUACUCAUACUGACCUAAGGAAUAACUAUGUGUCAGCUUAUAGUUAUGAUUUUAACCAUAAUGUUAGUGACCCAUCUCCUGUUGGAACAGAUUCCCAUGGAACUGCUUGUGCUGGUGAAAUUGUCAUGAGACGUGAUAAUAAUGUUUGUGGAGUAGGUGUAGCUUAUGAUGCCUCUAUGGCAGGUCUUCGUUUAUUGGGGGGAGCUACAACAGAUUUAACUGAUUCAUCUGCUCUCAGUUAUUAUCGUAACAAUAUUGAUAUUUAUAGUAACAGUUGGGGACCAGCUGAUGAUAGUGUAACAGUUGAUGGACCAAAAUACCUGACUUCACUGGCAUUGAAAGAAGGAGCUGAA